GAUUGGCCGGCGGAGCCGUCCCCUGCGGCGCGCGCUGACCUUGGAGUCGCAGCCAUGGUGGCGUAUUGGCGACAGGCCGGGCUCAGCUACAUCCGGUACUCGCAGAUCUGCGCCCAGGCCGUGCGGGCUGCCAUGAAGCCGCAGUACAAAGCAGAGGCGGAGAGGGCAGCGGUGGCCACGGUGAAAACGGUGAAACCCAAAAAGGAGUGAAAUGAACUGAUCUGUGGUGAAUACCAGCAAACUGCAAAGCUGUAGGCAAGCUCAAGACUCUGCAAUGUCACAUCAUCACAUGAACUGUAGGACUUGCCUCUGCAUGUAAAUUGGCAUGCUAAUAAAUGUAAUUUCUGAA